ACCGGAUAAAAACAAAUUCAGCCUAGCAUGUUUGGUAUCAAUGAAUCAAUGAUUUACCCCUUUUUGGUAAUCCUACAAAUAAAUUAACUGAAAAUAUUAGCCGAUUAUUGAGUUGUUCGUAAAUUGAUUGGCUCAGUGAUUCUGAUUGAAGAGAGAAAAUGUGGUUGUUUGGGGGAAAAGGGGCAUCUGGGUUUUCUAGUUCAUCAACUGCUGAACAAGUUACCAAUGGAAUUGAUGGUACUGAUCUCACUGCCAUCGUUACAGGAGCGUCGAGUGGGAUUGGUGCCGAAACCUCACGUGUUCUUGCAUUGCGCGGUGUACAUGUUAUCAUGGGUGUUAGGAAUAUGGAUGCAGGCAAAGAGGUCAAGGAUAAAAUAGUUCAGGAAAUCCCCAAUGCUAAAGUUGAUACUAUGGAGUUGGAUUUGAACUCAAUGGCAUCUGUAAGAAAAUUUGCAUCAGAUUAUAAGUCCUCAAAGCGGCCACUUAACCUUUUAAUUAACAAUGCAGGAAUAAUGGCCACCCCUUUCAUGCUCUCUAAAGACAACAUAGAGCUUCAGUUUGCAACAAACCACUUAGGUCAUUUUCUUCUGACGCAUCUUCUGUUGGACACCAUGAAGAAAGCAGCUCUGGAUAGUGGCAAGGAGGGAAGGAUUGUUAAUGUCUCAUCAGAGGCUCACCGUUUUCCAUACUCCGAAGGAAUUCGCUUUGAUAAACUUAAUGAUCCAUCAGGGUACAGCAGUUGGCGUGCAUAUGGUCAAUCGAAGCUUGCUAACAUUCUGCAUGCUAAUGAGCUUACCAGACGUUUAAAGGAUGAAGGGGCCAAUAUAACUGCAAAUUCUCUUCAUCCCGGGGCAAUUACUACAAACCUUUUCCGCCAUAACAGCUUGAUAAAUGGUACUCUGCUUAGGGGUAUUACUAGUACGGUUGGCAAGUAUGUCUUGAAAAGUGUUCCACAGGGAGCUGCUACAACUUGUUAUGUUGCUAUGCACCCACAGGUCAAGGGCGUAAGUGGUGAAUAUUUCAGUGACUGCAACCUAGCCAAGACUACUUCACAAGCUAAAGAUGCUACCUUGGCCCAAAAACUGUGGGACUUUAGCAUGAAAUUGAUCAAUGUUUGAUGAUAAUUCUCUACACUCGAUGUAUGAUUCAAUUAUAGCGAACAGAAAAGAAAGAAAAGUGUAGGCUCAUUCUUGGUUCUUAAAGGACUGAUUGAUAUGUAACGUAUAGCUUGCAGUGCUUUGAAUCCUUUGAUGCCGAUUGAAGAUUGUACCUGCAAUGAGAUUUUAAACAGAAAUAUUCAUAUAUAUGGUGUGAUAUCUUGUUUGAAGAUAGAUCCUAAAAAGAUAAAACAUGAGAUGUACUGAUGUGCUGAGUUUUCAUGCAGUCCUGUAACUUGUGCUUGUAACUUGAUACAAGCAUUUUUAAAUUUGUUGGC